UGUGGCCAGCAUCGUGCUGCUGGAGCUCUCUUAGCAUAUUACAGUGGAUAUGGAGGGAGGGAAGGCCGGAUCAGAACAUCCAGGUGAGAUUUUACUGUUGUUUGUUUGGUAAAACUUGUGUCCUAGAAAGGGUUUAAAAUGACUGUAAGUAAAUUAAGGACUUGAGUUACUGUCAUAAAACAGCCACAUUCUCCAAAGUCCAGAAAAUAAUGGGAACUGGGAGCUGUCAGCAGCCAGGAGGGCAUUCCUGAGUCACCAUUUAAGGGAUGUGGAAAUGCCCGAAGACCUGACCCUGGACAGGACAGAACAGUUUUGAAGGUUUUAUCCCACUGUGUGCCACCUGGACUGAAAUUAACUGAAAAAUGUGAAGGGGUUUUAAGGCAUGUGGAAUUUCUCUUUCAUAUAAAAUAAUGGCAUUGAGUCUUUUUUUACCUUUUUAUUUGAUUAAAAGGCUAAACAAGACACAUUAUUAAUUUAUCUCUGGCAUAGUGAUGUGUCAUAAUGAUUUUAAUGUCCUAUCUAGCACUCUCUUUGUGUGUUGUGCAUCAUGGGGUUGUUUAGCUGAUGUUUACUGAAAGAAUGCCUGGAAAGCCAGUGCAAAAGCUGUAAUAGCCCUGGCUCCUUCACUUCAGCCCUUUUAGCACAUGACAUCACUCAGCUGCUGCUUUGCUCAUUUCUAUUCUUCAUGACAAUAAACUGAGGAAGGUGGCUGCAAAAUGGAAGGCAGUUUUGAAAAGCUGAAUAGAAGUCAUCACUUGCACUGGUGAAUCUUGAGUCCUUUAACCCAAAGUGAGAAAUAUUUUUAAAUUUUGUUUUUUAAAAAGAAUGUACUUGUGGACUCCAAAUAACUGUAGUACAAAAUUUUGGUAAUGUGAACUUCAAGAUUGAUUCCUCUUUCUUUGCAGUUUUUCUGGAUGCAACAACUUACUAGAAAAGGCAAUGCUUCUGGUGAAAUGAGUGUCUAUGCUAGCUUGUUUAAGGAACAUCAUAUCACUGGGAAACAAUUGCUUCUUCUAGAAGAAGAGGAUUUAAAGGACAUGGGAAUUGUUUCCAGAGGACACAUCAUCCAUUUAAAGACUGCUAUCGAGAAGUUAACCCAUGACUACCUAAAUCUGUUUCAUUUUCCACCAUUAAUUAAGGAUUCUGCAGGUGGAACUGAAGAAAACAUAGAGAAAGUAGUGAAUCUUGAACUUGUGUUUGGUUAUCACUUGAAGCCAGGAAAUGGUCCAAAGGAUUGUAACUGGAAUGCACUUUCACAAGUGCUUGAGACCAUUUCUGCUGCCUCUUCUCCUCCACUCUCCCACUACAUCAACACUCAUAAAUUCUUUCUUUAUGUUCUUAAAAUUAAAGCAAGGGGGCCAAGGUCUAAAAUUUGA